AGAGUAUAGUAUGAAUUUCCCACUCUAUCUUGUAUCAUUAUCUUGUUUGAGAUAGAGAAGCAAGAAUAUUUCAUUUCACAUAUAAGAAGCUUUCAUGAAGUGGCUGAUGAAUACAUUCCCACUAAAACUGAAGCAAUAUAGUCGUUGUUGAUUGAUGGUUUCUGGCACCUUGUGAUUUAUGAAUAUGUAUUGAUAGGUUCUGGACUGAAUCAAAGAACUCAGUUGACUUUCUUUCAAUGAAUCCAGGGUUGGAUUUCAAACUCCAUGAGGUUGCUAAAACUAGUCUUCAACAUGCGCACCACCUAGUUGCUUGUAUGUCUGACAAUAACCAAGAGAGAAGUGUUCAAGAAGUGAGCCUUGUUGCUCAAGAUGCAGUGAAGGAAUUCAGAAAACUACUUUCCCUACUUGAUGGAUCAAUGUCAUCAAAUCACAAGAGGAUCAGAAAGGGUCCUUUGCCGAAAUCCGGUGACAUAAACCAGGAUGAAAUGAUGGACAGUAGUCCUAAUUGUUCUUCAUCUCAUAUCAAAACGCACGACCGUGAUCAUCAGCCUUGCUUGGUUACACAUUUUUUUAGCUCCCUUCAGAGAGAUCAAGCAAUUGCUAACUAUGACCAAAGCAGUGUGGUCCUUCCUAGCAAUAUAGUCAUGGGGUUGAACCAAUUCUCACAAAAGCCUAGCAGGACUUCAGUGAUCAGCAUGGAUGGUAGUAGCAUCAACACGCAGAUAGUUCGACAUUCAAUGUCUGAACUAUUGACUUCUAGAGACGGCACCUCUAUGUUUUCUUCCAAAAGGAAGAGUUGUGGGGUUAAAAGUGAAGAAGCCGGUACGGUAUGCCUAGCCUCUACUGGUAAAUGUCAUUGCUCAAAGAGAAGGAAACUAAGAAUAAAGAGAAGAAUCCGAGUUCCGGCUGUAAGCAACAGGCUAGCAGAUAUACCUCCUGAUGACUAUUCUUGGAGGAAGUAUGGGCAGAAACCUAUUAAAGGAUCUCCAUAUCCUAGGAGCUACUACAAAUGCAGCAGUGUAAGGGGAUGUCCUGCAAGAAAACAUGUCGAAAGAUGUCUUGAGGAUUCUACCAUGUUGGUUGUUACUUAUGAAGGAGAUCAUCAACACGCAUAGAUUACAUUUCAAGCACCUGCAGUUGUGAUUUGAAUUCGACAGUGGAAAUGAGAAUGGCCUGAAAAAGCUCAUAUUCGGCUUGAACUGGGUUUAGUUUGUAACGAUUCUUUUCUGCUCAAUCUUGCAACCUAUUAGAACUGUAACUUGCAAGUGAUGUAAUACUCUCCUGGGUUCAGAUGAUGAAUCAUGCUGCCUUUUUUUUUUCCGCCAUUCUUAGUUGCUUACUUACAAACAUAAUAAUACCUAGAGACUAAAUCCGCGUUAUGAAUUUCAAUUUA